GCAAAGAGAAAAUGCGAUUGGAAUAGAUUCAAUGAUAGAUAGCAGUAACUAAUAAUAAGAAUAAGUUCAGAAUAAAGACAUGCACUAACAAAUGGAGUAUGUUCGAAUUCAAGUAAGGCGUAAGAAAUUCUCAUUGUAUAUAUAGAUAUCGAUCGACAGCCCACUCUAAAACCCACACUCAACACAAAUAUAAAUCAGAAAACUCACCGGUUCUAUAAUCUAUUCUACACAAAUGCAGUACUACGAAACCCGUGAGAAAGAAUACUACGAUGUGGGUCAAGGCCAGAGCUAUGGACAGAACCACCAGGGAUAUGGCCAAAGCCAGAGUCGUCCCGUAUAUGGCCAUAGCCCGACUCUGAACCACCGUAGCCACGGUGGGUUUCUUGAUGGGCUGUUCAAGAGUAAAAAUGCUCAAAAAGGUCACAACGGCUUGGGAUCGUUUAUAGGGCAACACAAGAGCCAAGAGGCUAACAAGGGCCAUGGACAUGGGAAGCUCGGAGGCCAGCACCAGAAGAAAACUCAUGAGACAAACAAAGGUAUCAAUGGCCUAGGAAUGUUCAUAAACAAUGGAGAGAAGAAGCAUAAGAAGCAAAAUGAGCUCAAGAAGAAGAAGAAUAAGGAUGGGCAUGCCAGUGGAAAUGAGAGUGGAAACAGCAGCGGUAGCGACAGCGACUAAAAUGCUUUCAUAAAUGUGAUGCUUCCAAGGGAGAACUGUAUACAGUAAUUAAACAUAAUAUUUUGAAUAAAAACCACUUUGGUGGUUGUGUGUCUCUGUCUCCCAUAUAUGAGCUUCACUACUAUGAAUCUAAUUUAAUACUUCUGUUUCAAAUCAUAUCGAGAAGACUAGAGAUUA